GGAGGCAGGGAGGCCGCGCCGAGGGAUCCGGAGGGCCCUGCCCAGCGCCCCCGGCCUGCGAGCCUGUUCCUCGCCGACCGCCUUCCCCCCGCAGCCCCCACCGCCUUUGUCUGCUUCCCGGCGCCGCCGGCUGGUAAAGGCGGGGGGGGGGUGUGGCGGUGCGCUGAGGCGCGGGCCCCGGCGCAGCGACCCGCGGGGAGCGGCCGGUCCGGCGGCAUGGUCGGCGUGUCCCGUCUCCCAGCCGUGAGCUGCCAAGGUCACGGAGCCCUCAGGCCGCUCCUCAGGCACGGCCGUGAGCUUCACAGCUUGCCGUUAGCCCCGGGCCCGUGAAGAGGAAGCUGGUCCGCUUGUUCUUGUGGGCCAGCAGGGUCCGGUCUUCGUCGAACCUGAGCACAGCAGAGGUACACCAGCAGACCAGAGCCACUACACUUGUUUGCACUAGCGCAGCCACAGCAGAGAUAAAAGUCACAGUGUCACAGCUCUCACGCAGGAUGGAGCAGCGCCACUGGACUACUUUGCUUGCUGUGGCAGGAAUGCAGCUUGGUGAUGGGUUUUGAACUGACUGGUUACACAAGGAAGCACCCCUUCUUCGGCGCCGUCGUGGGGCGUGUUGCCAACAGGAUUGCAAAGGGGAGGUUCGCCGUGGACGGGAAGGAGUAUCAGCUGUUCCUCAACAAUGGGCCCAACAGCCUGCACGGAGGAGCCAGGGGAUUUGACAAGGUUCUCUGGAGCCCCCAGGUCCUCCCAAACGGCGUCUGCUUCUUCCGGCUUAGCCCUGAUGGUGAGGAAGGCUACCCCGGUGACCUGAAAGUCUGGGUGACCUACACACUCAGCGGUGGGGAGCUGGCCAUCAACUAUCGAGCCCAGACCAGCAAGACAACACCCAUCAACCUGACAAACCAUGCAUAUUUCAACCUCGCAGGGCAGGGCUCACGGGAUAUCUACGACCAUGAGAUUUCUAUUGAAGCGGAUUCCUACCUGCCUGUGGACAACAGCAAGAUCCCUACUGGGGAGGUGGCCGCCGUGCAGGGCACCGGCUUCGAUCUCCGGCAGCCUGUGAAGCUGGGGAAGCACUUGCAGAAGUUUCACCUGGAUGGCUUUGACCACAACUUCUGCCUGCCGCAGGUGCAGGCUCGACGCCUUGCGGCCAGGGCUCGCCACCCGCCCACCGGCAGGGCCAUGGAGGUUCACACCACCCAGCCUGGCAUCCAGUUUUACACCGGGAACAACCUGGACGGCUCCCUGAAGGGCAAAGGCGCCAUCGCAUACCCCAAGCACUCGGCUUUCUGCCUGGAAACCCAGAACUGGCCCGACGCCAUCAGCAAGCCCCACUUCCCCAACGCCCUACUCCGGCCGGGCGAGGAGUACAACCACACCACGUGGCUCGUGUUCAACACCGCUUAAGGCGAGGGGAUGCUGACUCCUACCACCGAGACGGGACUCGCACUUCUUUGAGGGCUUCCUGAUGGUGAACGACUGAAAGGAAAAGAAUCCACAGUUAAUAUUUCAGUAGUCAUUUGGGAUUCACAAAUACAGGAAAAAGUAACAGGAGGACACCUACACUACUUCAGCAGCCUUUAAGCAUUGUUUUCUAAUAAAACAACAAAUCACUAUUAACAAA